AUGCCUGAGCGCAUCGCAGCAACGACGUUGCCCCACCCGCCAAAGCGCUGCUACGAAUACCACGACCUAGAAGACGCCAAACGAGACCUGCCGCAGUCGCUCCUGUUACCGCACUCCCUCUCCACCACAACAACAGGCCGCCGGGUCCUCUUCCACCACCACCAAGUCCUCCACGCGCCGAGGGAGACCUGCGUUCAUCACGAUUCGAGCAACAGCUGCACUUCCAACAGCAUGUCGCUGAAGGCUAAGCGCUGGAAGGAUCGAUGGCACGAUAUCAAGCGCAGGAGCUCGCCCGUCUAUUUUCCGUAUGCCGGGCUUAUCUUUCUGGUCAUUAUACUGGUUGCCGUCGUUACGGUGAUAGUUGGCUGGUUUGGCCUUACGGUUGCCACUAUCGCAAUGAAGCACCCGAUGAAUUCCUCUGCCGGCGCGGUCUCUUCCGCAACGACGACGGAGUGGCCAGCGCCCCCGGAUAUUGCGGCUGGAGGGUUUAAGAAGAAAGAGCUCGAAGUAGCGAGGACCGCACCACCACCACCACCGCCCGCCACCGAGAUAACUGUCUUGCACACGACCGUCGUCACGGAUACCAUCACGGAACUCGUCACCGAGACCUACACCACGAUUCUACAUACUCCCAUGAGCGCUACAAUGGCACCUACACGCACACCUGUACCGACGACGACGACCACCGCACGUGCUACCAGCACGCCUACCACGACCGGUGACGCCUCUACUUCGUCCAUGGCCGGCGAUACGAUGACGGGCCGCAUGUACUGCACCUUCGCGGACCGCCCGAACAUCUACACGCUCUGCCCAUGGGUGCACACGAGCCAGCCAGGCAUGCUGGACGCGACCGCCGUGCCUGCCGUGGCCUUUGCGAGCGGCAGCACGUCGCGUAUGAGGAAUCCCUUCUCCGGUCUGCGUCUCGCUGUAAUGUCUUUGUGGAACUCGGUACCGGCUUUGGGGAGGAAUGUACAUGGAAAGGAGAGGAUGGAUGAAGGGGAUGGUGGUUGUGUGUGUGACUACGACUGCGACUGCGCCGAUCUGAGGAGAAGACUGCAUCAUGCGCUGGACCUCGUGCGCGUGCAGCAGCAGCUCUUGGACAGCCAGGCUGUCAUGAUGAAGGAGCACCGCCGGAGCUUCGCGGCGGCUGUCGAGGUUAUUGAGGCUAUGAAGGGCUCAUCGUCAUCAUCAUCGGAGGACGACGACGAGGUGGUCUGA